ACUAUUUGAGUCAAAGACAUUGACCUAGGACAAAUCGCCUGCAACGAAGUGAAAGAAAAAUCAACGCUUUGAACAAUUUUCAUUUUUGGUAACCAGUUUGAAAAUAUUUUUCAACUCAAGUAAUAUGGACUAAAGCCGUCAUCAUCAUCCUAUAUAAACGUGUCAAGUUCAAAUCGAAACUUCUUUAAGUUCCCCAUAACCAAAAACAGGAAAGAAAGAAAGAAAACGAAAGCCCCACCAUGGAUGAGCUGAUAAAACUACUAUUAGGUGAACAUGGAACAAUAUGGUACGAAACAACCCCUGUUCUUCAACCUGUUAGACCAAGCGCUUUUCAGCCAUAUCCAAAAACACCAAGAACCGAACCAUGGUUGGAAGCCGAUGGAUGUAAUAAUGGAGUGAGAUCAGGGAACAUAAACAAGAGAUUGAUCGAGUUCUUGAGGAAAACAAAUUGGGUUUCAGUCAUAUCCAAAGACGAAAAAAAACAGAGGUGUCUUAAGCACAUGAUGAAAGAGAGAAUAAGAAGAGAAAAGCAGAAAAAAUGCUACUUCGCCUUGUAUUCAAUGCUUCCUCUUGGAACAAAGAACGAUAAGAACUCGAUAGUUCAAACGGCAACCAUGAGAGUUCGAGAGCUGGAAAUGGAGAGGGAGGAAUUGCAGAGGAACAACAACGAAUUGCUUGUAAAUUUGGGUGGCAAUGCCAAUAAUGAAGGAGCCAAGAUUAGAGCAAGGAUAGAUGAUCCAAGUUAUGAGAUUGAUUACAUGUUGGCGGUUUUGAAGUGCUUGAAGACAUUGGAUUCGAAACCCGGAAUGAUCCGAACAACGGUUUAUAAUCAAGAACUGGUUUUGGAUCUUGCAACUAAGAUGAAAGCUGCCGAUGUAGAAAAUGCUAUAAAUAGAACAUUGCAAGAAGUGGAGAGGAAGCUUGAGGAACGUAGGAGCAUAUGAUUUGAUGUCAAAUCAGAGACAAGGUUCAAAAUUUCUAAUCUUACACCACUGGAUAAACAAAAGAUUAGAUCCCGAACACGAUUUUGUUCUGAUAAUUAAAUUCUGCUUGUAGUGAUGACAAUAAGAUGAGAUUUGAUCUAAUGAAAUGUUGCAUAUUUACCAAUAAAAUUUUGGACAUUCAUUCCGCAUUUUCAUCAUCAUUUAAAACCCUAAAUUUGUGUAAUUGAAGAUUUAAUAUCUUUUACUACUCCACCUAUGGUUCAAUCGAGAAAAUAAACAAACUUCAUCUUCAUCACAAAAUCUAAAGACAUCUCCAGCUAUCAUAACUAAUAGAUGAAACAAAACACUCUUUAAAACAUUGUCAAGUCUCAUUAUCUAAAGAAGCAACCAAAAGGGUGUGAAAUUUUCAUUACUAAGAGUGCAACAAACAAAAUUUAACUCUCAAAUAGUAAACCCCAAAUUGAGGCUCCAAGCAGCAUGAAAGGGCUUCACUUCAGAGGGAUGAACCUUGAAGAAUGAGUAGCACCGAUACCGGGUCUACCGUGCUUAACUGGCUUGUACGAAAUAGAGAACUCAGCAAGGUAAUGGCUGAUCAUUUCGGGCUUGAUCUCAACCUGAUUGAAUGUCUUGCCAUUGUACACACCGAUAAUGCUACCAAUCAUUUCGGG